GGCUGCAGCUAAAGUGAGCUAAGCUGCUGGGAGAGGAAAAUGUUGCGCUCUCGCUCUGUUUCCUCUUAUUUCUCUUCGACCGACCGUCAGAAAUACCUGAAAAUCACUCAGCCGACAGUUUAUUGACCGAGGCAGAAGAAAAGCAGCAGUGUGUGUUGUUGGAGGGUUUUAAAGAGGAGUUCUUUGUGUGUCUCUGUGUGUGUGUUUGUGAAGCUGUCAGGGAGGAUUUUGGGAAUCGAGACAGUCAUGGCAGCACCUGUAAACAUCCAGACUCCCAGUAAGACCUGGGAGCUGAGUCUGUACGAGCUGCACAGGAGCCCUCAGGAGGCCAUCAUGGACGGGACGGAGGUGGCGGUGUCUCCUCGCUCUCUGCACAGCGAGCUCAUGUGUCCCAUCUGUCUGGACAUGCUGAAGAACACCAUGACCACCAAAGAGUGUCUGCACCGCUUCUGCUCCGACUGCAUCGUCACGGCGCUGCGAUCAGGGAACAAAGAGUGUCCGACCUGCAGGAAGAAGCUGGUCUCGAGGCGUUCGCUGCGCCGCGACUCAAACUUCGACGCUCUGAUCUCGAAGAUUUACCCGAGCCGCGACGAGUACGAGGCUCACCAGCGCAGCGUCCUGGAGCGCCUCAACAGGCUGCACAACAAGGAGGCGUUGAGCUCCAGCAUCGAGGAAGGGCUCCGCCAGCAAGCCCGCUACAGGAACCACCGGGUGAAGAAACCGACUCAGGAGAGCGACAACACCACCUUCAGCGGCGGUGAGGACAACGGUGACACCCGCUCACACCUGUCCCAUGACUCCGCCCCCUCCCACGCCCCCAACGCCCCGGGUCUGACCCCAUCGGAGGCAGGGCCGAGCCGCAAGAGGCCACGAGCGUCCGACGACGGCUCGGGGCCCGAGGCCGACAGCGGGAGCCCGACUCCUCCGCUGAGACGCCACAAAGAAGGACCGGGCUCAGAGAUAGAGCUGGUGUUCAGACCUCACCCCCAACUGGUCCACGGACAGGACUACAACCAGACCAGGUACGUGAAGACGACGGCCAACGCCACCGUGGAUCAUCUGUCUAAAUAUCUCGCUCUGCGCAUCGCUCUGGAGGACCGACACACCGACAGAGAGGCUGAGGACCAACGGAAAGAGGAGGGAGGAGGAGGAGGAGGAGGAGAGGAAGGAGCAGCAACAGGAGGAGGAGAACCUGGAGGGACGACAGGAAGUGGAGGAGAGGGGUCGAGUCUGAGCGACAUCAGUGAGAAACAAUACACCAUCUACAUCCUGACGAGAGGAGGACAGUUCUCUACUCUGAACGGCUCUCUGACUCUGGAGCUGGUUAAUGAGAAGUACUGGAAGGUGAGGAAGCCUCUGGAGCUUUACUACGCUCCCACCAAAGACCCCCAACAGCCGCCGCCUCCGCCCCAGCUGCCCCCCCCACAGAAGUCCCCUCCCAUACAGAGAGAGGGAUGAGGAGGACGAGGAGUGCUUCUCUUCAUCAUUUAACCAUCGUCUUCUCUUUGAGGAUGGGAGCUCGGUCCUGUCUGCAUCUCUUUCUUCUUCUGACCUGAUUUUUUUCUUCUUUUUUUUUUUUAUUUGGAAGGAUUUAUCAAGAAAAACGUGACCUAAAGCUGUGAGGAGAAGAAAACAAAGAGAGAUGGUUAAUCUUUGCUUUUUGCUGCUUUUGACGUUUUUUCACGUCUUUACAUCAUCAGGAGACUUUUGGGACGAACUCGACACUGUUGGUCAAUGGACAUAAAAAAAAAGUGGAAUACCUUUUUUUUUUUUUCUUAGUUUUUCCUGAUCUGAAGCAUCUGUAGACUCAUUAUCAUCAGUUUUACAUCAGUUUAAAUAUCUUAUUAUGUGAUUAAACAGCAGAUUUAAAAAGGCAGCGCUGUGUAAUCUGCUACUGCAAAACAUUAAUAACUGAAGCUGGACGUAGUUUAAUGUUUUAUAGAUUUAAAAUGUUGUUGUUUUCAAACUUUUAUCUUCUAAAAGUAAAAAUCGUUUUAUUUCUUUUGAACACAAACAGCCAAACAACAACUUCACGAAAAUGAAAAUAUGGUUUAACCUUCGUGUCGUCCUCCCGGGUCAAAUGGACCCCGUCUGUUUUGACUGUUCCUUCUUUCCUUCCUUCCUCCAUCCCCCUUUCUUC